GCUCUAAAAGAAAAUGGUCAAAUUCUUAAAGCUAUUGACACUCAGAUGUAUUGUAGUUUACAAAAUGUAAUGUGUAUAGGACUAUUCUAACAUUAGUUUGCACGUAUAUUUUCUCUCAAACAAAAUAUUGGAAUAAUACUAGCAAAAACACUAUUCACGGGGUGUUAGAAAAUAAUAAAAAUUACCCAUUUAUUUCAUUUUCCGUGAGGGAAUUCGAUAUUUUGAACGCGCACUUUGUUAUUCUUCCUUCAAGCUCGCACGCAACACACACACACACACACACACUAUAAAACGGUGUAUGUGGGGGGGGUUCAAACAGUCUGUAGUCCGGGAAAACAGGCAGGCCCGGCGGAUCGCUGCACGCUUGCUGCUCUGCUCCGCGCGCCUUGGCAGAGGAGGUUGUUAGCUGUAUACAGCCAUAAAAGACAAUUACCACUAUAACCGUUUAUGGGGUGCAAAGCGCUGCAGGGCGAGAGGACACAACACAAGAAAGAUGUCGAAAGCUUUGACAGCUGAUGCCUAAAAUAAUGUAGUAUAUGUAUUCUUCAGCUAUGAUCUGACACCACCGCUCAGUUUAGACCCGGUGCUUCUGGACACAUAAUGGUCGCUAUGUUUUGAAACCGUCAACAUGAGCAGGGCGGUCGACGUAUUCAGCGUUCAAAGAUUUACUAUUUAAAAUGUAGCUUUGGCGUCAUUCAGAUUACAAUAUAUUUGAUCUGAGCUUCUAUUUAACAUUUGUAUCAAGAAUGAGUUAUGUCUAUCGAUGUGGGCCUGCUUCCACCAAAAACCUUUGGAUUAUAAAUCUAGAGAAAUUCCCUCAAAUCUGCGCUGUAGCCUAGCAAACAAUUUAUAUCGACAAAAGAGUAGCCAAUAAAAAUGUAAAUGAUAGAUAGGCCUACUUGUGAAAUAGGCUCCAACUGGACCUUGGAACUGUAAAGACACAUCCUCACAGAACCGCCCUUGUUUUAUCAGACAACAUCAUUCACAUCAGACACGCACAUAUAUUUUAACGAAUAUAUUAGCUUUAGUAAAUAAAAACAAGGAAAUUGCAGUUGUAUGGAGCCAUAUAGUGGUGUUGUGACGCGCUAGGCCUCGAGGACGCAGAUGGACCCCAAACUUCAAAGGCUCAGCCAGAGACAUAGCAAUAAAACGCCUGGUCUGCUAUACUGUCUGGCAUUCCACUUUUAAUGGGUUUAUGGCCGUCCAGACACAAUUAGACCGUUUCCAGAACUCGGCACCCAUUUGUUUUUUCUCUUUUCUGUGGGACUGCAGCAUGGACAAAAGGCCUAGCGGAAAUGAUCAGCUUUAUUGGCCUCUCCCCCGAAUGUUGCUCGCCGGACUCAUGGUCAUCUCGAGCGACCCUUUGUUUGUACCUGGCCUGGGAAAGUUCUCUCUCAGUUUCUCUGGUAGUAGCUAGUGUUCUGUUCACGCGCUGAAAAAACAAAAAGGGCAAUAAAACAACAGCAUUAUAUGAGUCAAGACCUAAUCUCAGUAUAGAUGAGACCAACAUGAACAUUUUAGAUAUACUACUCUCGAUUGUCAUCAUCGGACCUCCAACAUCUAUAUUCCAUGUGGAAAUAGAACUGCAGGCAAUGAGAGCCACAUACAUUAAUCGCAUUCCUAUUAUGUGAUUUAUUUAUGGAUUUGGCCCCUAAUGGGGAAUGGGUGUGAUUCCAGUUCUCAGGGCACUGCACCUUUUCCACACUGCAACUACGUGUAGUGACCAGAGGAUGGCGCUGAUGUUCCAUAACAAGGCUCAAAAUGGCCUCGUUUAAACACUUACCCUUUCUGAUUAUUUUCGGAUGAACAUAUUUUGACAUGUUUUGGCCUAUUGGUGGAUUUUCGUUUUAUAACAUUGUAAUUCUAAUUGAUGCUUGCUAUUAUAGUCUUUAUAAUGAUGUUAGCUCUUGUAGACGUUGACACAUCCGCGGCAGUAUUUAAUAUUUAAUAAUAAUAUACAUAAAACAUUUAAAAUAGUACGCCUUAGUCUAGUCAAAUUUUUUUUUGUAUGUGUAGGCCUAUCUUUUACUUGACGCUACAGAAAAACCUGAAACGUAGUUGUUCCGCGUGUCAAAUGAAAGAAAUCAGGCUUUUAAAAGGCCUAACUAUUAUAGUUCAAAUGUGUUUAUUUCCAUCUUUAGUUUAGGCCUAUAGGAAUAGUAAACAUAAGUAGUGCUUUCUCAACGAAUGGUUUGUACAUAUGAUACGUAAAGUAAUUGGAAAAUAAUUUGCCCUUUUCAAAUAGGCUUAUCUUUCAUACUCUACAUUUGCAAUAGCCCUACAUAAAAUGUGAUAUGUGUUCAAUUUGCUUUAGGCUAAUCAAUUUUGGAAUAUUAUGAUAUGGCGUACUAAAAUAUCAUAUGUUUGGUGGUAGAUGAGCCUAAAUGGGUUAGCUAUAUGCUCAGUAACUCCACAUACAGAAUUUAGUUCGUUUUUUUGUCCCUUCUGUGUUUUUUUCCAGAUUGUGGAAUGCGGAAGAAUUUACAUAAACGUUACCAAAUUAGGCCACGGCCUAUUGCAUAUAAAUAUGUAUAGCUAUCACUCGUUAAAUGUGUGUUUUACAUCAUUUGGGAGGAUUCUUUUUGGGAUUUACUGACCUAUCCUAAUAGGGACAGAUACAUUCAAUGGUCUUUUUCAAUGGUAUUUUUUUCAAUAUAUAUAUAUUGAGAAAAAAAUAUAUAUAAAUCUGAUUAUUUCAACCUCCAAGAAAGCAAAAAUAAUACAAAAGUAGUAGACGUUUAAAUGUAGCUCUGCAAAUAACGGUGUUAGUUUUAAAUAUUCAAAUUGACUUAUUUAAUUUGCUUAACUAACUUUUAUGUUUUCAGUUAAUACUUUGUUUAAUCUAGCAUUAGGUUACCACUCAAAAUAAUUCUAAAAUAUUUCACUUAGGCCUGUACUUACUUGCAACAAUUACUUUUAUAUUAUCUUAUUUGAGACGCAACAAUGGUAACUGAAAAUAUUUACAAUUGUAAAUGGUAUUAUUUCAAUCACCACAAUAUCAAAGAAACUAUUGUAAAAUGUUUCAACUGUUUCAAUUGAUCAGUCCUUUGUAGCCUAUAAUACAAUUAUCAUGUUUUGAUGUUUGUUGUGUCACAUAGUUCAGUUUUACCCAUAUGGAGAAAUAUAUUUAUAUGAAUUGAACAAAACCUUUUGAAUGAGUACACAAUGCAGUUUUAUACUCUUAGUUGUGUAUACAUUACAUAUGUUAUGAGGUGGUGUAGUAUGGUGUGUUAUGAAAGGCUAAAUGCCACAGUAGACGUUUAUUUUAUUUUGAUGACAUUGUAUUUUGUGUCAUUUCAUAUGUAUAGGCUUCCCACAGUGUUUAUGAGAGGGUGUGUGUCCAAAGGAAGAGAAGGUGUCUGUGUGUGUGUGUGUGUGUGUGUGUGUGUGUGUGUGUGUGUGUGUGUGUGUGUGUGUGUGUGUGUGUGUGUGUGUGUGUGAGAGAGAGUUAAUCCUGGGAAAUUCCAUGGUAACAGAGUGAUGCUGAGACUCAGAUUGUCCACUUUAAAAUGUCUAACAAAAAACAAUGAUUGCAAAGUUAAAUAAAUCAUACAACUCUAUGCACAAUGGGUACUUUUACACAUUUCCACUGUUUUUUGUUUGACAUAUAUUUUUAAGUGAAAAUUCGGAGUCUCACCAUCACUCUGUUACAAUGGAAUGGCCCUCCUACUCUGCAGUCUGUGCAUUAUAAUGAAAUCUCUGGCCCCGCCGGUGAUUGGCUACAUCGGUCACAGGGGUGGAUCACGUGGGUGAGUUCUUUGGUCCUGGGGAAAAUGGGGUUUGGUGUAAAUCCAGGGUGUAUUGCUGUCAUAUAUCACACUACCUCGUAAAAACGACACUGAAGAUUCUGGCCCAACAAAUCACAGAGAAAAAAAUAUGAGUUCUUAUUAUGUGGAUGGUCUUUUUAACAAAUAUACGGCGAGCGGUUCUUUCUUCCCAAACGCAGACCUAGGUUCGUGCACUCUUGUACCCGAUGGAGAAGGACCCGCAUCUGCUCACAACGCCGCAGCCCCUGCCUUCCCACCGUCCCUGUCCGGACUUUACAACGUGAACAAUGCAAUCUACCAGAGCCACCCGAUGUUUAGCCCUGGUUAUGGCCAGGGACCGGACAUUCGCAGUCUGCACUGCAGCUCCUUCGACCAGAGUCGUCUGUUCGGGGACAGCUGUGUCCAGCCGGGGCCCCUCACCUCGCCAGAGGACAAACACUACCGGAUGUACCCCUGGAUGAAAACAUCAGAUCCAAACCGAAAGCGUGGACGUCAGACCUACUCCCGGUACCAGACACUGGAGAUGGAGAAAGAAUUCCACUUCAACCGGUACCUGACCCGUCGGAGGCGCGUAGAGAUAGCACAAGUGCUCUGCCUGACCGAACGCCAAAUCAAAAUCUGGUUCCAGAACCGGAGGAUGAAAUGGAAGAAAGAUCACAAGGACGAGUCCUCAAGCUCGACCCCCGGUGCCACCAGCGAGGACGUAAACGAGGAUGAUGACAGUGAUCCGGUAACCGACGGACAGUCCAAGGCCGAGGACGCCGAUGACGGAGAUUCCCAGUCCACCCGUGUGGCGUCAGAAACCCCUGCAAGAGGAGAUGGAGACAAGGAGGCGAUUAGAAACACUCCAUAAAUGUUCAUAUUGGUCACUAAGGAAAUGUUAUAGAUGCAGACUGUCACAGAAUCGAUACACUCUGUUCGAUCAGAGCUUAGAAGCCUGAUUGAGGAAACGACUUGCAGGGCUGAAAUUGAGACGCACUAAUUUAAUAUAUACAAGCUAGUGAAAACACUGGCUAUAGCUAUAAAAAUGAAUAUAGCUCAAGGAAGAUGAAAGGGAACGGUACUACCUAUUUACUCUACGCUAUUACUAUGAAAACUCAAUUUGAUCUUUGAAUGUAGAACAAGUCUACUGUAAAUGUUUUUCAAUAUUUAAUGUUAAUCGUUGGGAACUAUUAGAUAUUUUACUACUGAAAUAACAUUCCUGAACAGAUAACUACCUAAGGCGACAGUUGCGUUCAUGCAAAGAAUUUACCUCCAGUUUCAAUUGACUUCGAGGAACCCCUUUCGCGCUCUUUUUUGUCUCUAUUUCAAAGCGAAAUAAAUGCAAAUGUUGAA